GGAAGGCUCCGCCGCCUUCCCGCAAGGCUUUGCGCUCCGGCGGCAGCGAUGGCGGCGCUGAGCGGCGGCUGCUCGCCGUGGCUGCGGCGGGCUCGGCUGCCCUCCCUGCAGCUCGUCCGCCACGGCUCCAAGGCGGUCACCCGGCACUGGAAGGCGAUGCACUUCCAGCGGCAGAAGCUGAUGGCCGUCACCGAGUACAUCGCCCCGCGGCCGGCCGUGCCCCCGCGCUGCCUGCCCCCCAGGGACCAGACGGUCGAGAAGGAGGACGGCUACCGGCGGCUGCUGCAGCGGCAGGUGCAGGAGGUGUUCCAGGCCAACCGCAUGGUCGCCGUCUGCCAGUUCAACUCCAUGCCCGACGAGGAGGUGGUGCUGAUGAGGCACUACCUGCGCAAGCACAACAUCGAGGUCAAGUUUGUCCUGAACGAGAUUGUCAGGCCGGUGCUGUCCCAGUCCAAGUACAAGAACCUCCUCCCUCUCUUCGUGGCUCGCAAUAUCCUGCUGGUCAGCCCCGAGACCAAGGCCAAGGAGAUGCUGAGGGUGCUGAGGGGAGUGCCACAGGUCAACCUGCUGGGUGCCUGCAUCGAUGACACCAUCCUGAGCAGGCAGGGAGUGGAGAACUUCGCCAAGCUGCCCUCGCUGGAGGCCACCCAGGGCCAGACUGUUGGUGCCCUGAGCCUGCUGCCUUCACAAACCUGCUCCCUGCUCCAGAGUGGCCCUGCACACCUCACAGCCCUCCUGGAUCAGCAUCUCCGCCGCCUGCGGGACGAGGGCAUGGGGGGCCCAGCUGGGGCCACAGAGAGCACAGCUGGGGCCACAGGGAGCCCAUCUGGGGCUACAGAGAGCACAGCUGGGGCCACAGAGAGCACAGCUGGGGCUACAGGGAGCCCAUCUGGGGCUACAGAGAGCACAGCUGGGGCCACAGAGAGCACAGCUGGGGCCACAGGGAGCCCAUCUGGGGCUACAGAAAGCACAGCUGGGGCCACAGGGAGCCCAUCUGGGGCUACAGAGAGCACAGCUGGGGCCACAGGGAGCCCAUCUGGGGCUACAGAGAGCACAGCUGGGGCCACAGAGAGCACAGCUGGGGCCACAGGGAGCCCAUCUGGGGCUACAGAGAGCACAGCUGGGGCCACAGGGAGCGUGGCUGGGAGCACAGGGAGCCUGGCUGGGGCCACAGGGAGUGUGGCUGGGAGCACAGGGAGCCUGGCUGGGGCCACAGGGAGCAAAGGUAAGGGCCCAGAGAGCCCAGCUGGGGGCACAGGUAGCAAAGGUAAGGGCCCAGAGAGCCCAGCUGGGGGCACAGGUAGCAAAGGUAAGGGCCCAGAGAGCCCAGCCAAGCCAAACCCUGCCCAGACCUCGGGGGCACACUGACGUUGGCAUCCUGUGUGUUGGUCUAGAGUCUGCUCCUUCCUUGCCUGCAGUCGAGGGUGGGGGGUGAAGGAUAGAAGGUUUGGUCCUGAGUGGGCAGCCAGUGGUGGGACUGGGGGUGCUAGGGUGUUGCCAGCCCGUUUUAGGGUGCCCUGGCUCUUGCCCUUGCUCCCCACACCUGGGAGUGUGCAGCUGUGUUUUGGGGGCUGUUGGCAGGGUUGCUGGCAUCAGCGGGAGGAGGAAGAGUGUGGUGGAAGCCUUGGGGGAGGGGAUGAUGUGUGCUGUGAGCCCCCCGUGCCCCCCUGGAGUGGGGGGGGACCUGCUGUGACCCCGAGCUGUGUCCUCUAAUCAUUAAAGUGUGGUGGUGAA